AGUAAAAAAAGUCAUAUCAGAGGUAUGUUCCAGAUAGCCAGCCUCCCACAACAAAAUACUAAAAAUCAGAAUCACACCAUAACUUAUAGCAUAGCAUAUCAAUGAAGAGGAGUCCAGGAAGCCUUGCUAUAUGCCUAUUAUUAUUAUUAUUAUUAUUCCUCUUUGGAAUAUUGGAAGUGAUUGCUAGUGCCAACCGGGUUCAUGAAAACAACAACAAUAAUAAUAAUGAUUCUUCUUCGUUGUAUUGGUCCACUGCAAAGGAUGAGGUGGAUCUGCUUAGCAAACCACAAGCGCAGCAAGAAGAUGACUCUGACUCCGAUGGUGGCUUCUCUUCCCUCGAAGGAAUGCUUCAGUGGGCUAUUGGUCAUUCUGAUCCUGCAAAAUUAAAGGAAACAUCUCAAGAUGUUCAACGACUAUCUCCUACCGAGCUAAAAAAUCGACAAACGGAACUAAAGGAACUGAUGGAAAAGCUAAAAAUGCCAUCAGAUGCACAAUUGAUGCAAAUUGCACUAGAUGACUUGAAUAAUUCAUCUGUGUCUCUGGAAGAUCGCCAUCGUGCGCUACAGGAGCUUCUUAUACUUGUUGAGCCAAUAGACAAUGCAAAUGAUUUUAACAAACUUGGGGGCUUUGCUGUGGUUAUACAAGAGCUCAAUCACCCUGACUCAGAUAUACGGAGAAUUGCUGCAUGGAUUCUUGGGACAGCCAGUCAGAAUAACCCAGUUGUUCAAAGGCAGAUCCUAGAACUUGGGGCACUUGCACAACUAAUAAAGAUGGUAAAAUCUAGUUCCGUAGAAGAAGCCACCAAAGCGUUAUAUGCUGUUUCAGCUUUGAUUCGAAGCAAUGUAGCUGGUCAGGAAUUGUUCUAUGCAGAAGCUGGAGAUUUGAUGCUUCAGGACGUUCUAAGUAAUUCAAGCAUUGAUAUCAGACUGCGCAAGAAAGCUGUGUUUCUUGUGGGUGAUCUGACAGAGUGUCAAUUAGAAAAUAUGGAAAGAGCUGAGCUGCCCUUUUUUAGCAGUCACAUUUUCUUGAAGUCUGUGGUUGAUCAAACUGCAUCAGAUGAUCUUGAUCUACAGGAGAAGGCACUUGUUGCGAUUAAGAAUCUUCUGCAUCUCAGGAUGGCUGACCCUCUGGUUUUUAAAGAAUUUUGUGGUUUGGAUUGUGCAUUAGAGAGAAUGAGGCAGCAACUCCAUAAUUUAAUGUCAGAUGAAGUUCUCAGAGAUUAUGCAAUGGAUAUGGAAAGCCUCCGUGGUGAAGUAGAGCUGAUUUUCCGUAGAAAGUUGGGAGAGGUGACACAAGUUCCAACAUGACUAUGUAUCUAAUAUGUCCUUCCCCAACAUAUGCUUCAUAUCUGGCUAAACACUUCUCAUGCUGUGGUUACUGUGGAUCUAUAUAUCUCAAUCGUUUUCUUAGGGAGUUUCCACUGGAGACAGACAAGGGCUUUGUGGCUUUUUUUUCUUCUUCUUUGGGGGUUGUUGCAGCUGGCUUCUUGGUAGAAGAGAAUUGUGGAAUCUUUUUGGUGGUGUUGACUGUUGAUAGAUUGAGAGGGGGGGAAAAUCUCCCAAAAAGAUGUGUCAGAUGUGUUUUAUACAUUUAUGAUUUGAGAUAGAGAUAGAGAAACCUUGAUCUAGGGCUAGGAUCCUAGUACAUUUUGUUCUAAUCGUUUAUUGCUGUACUGCUUAACUUGCUUUUUCAUUCCUUGUAAAAUAACAAAAGCAAAAAUGUGUUCUCUAA